GGAUCUUUCUUUUUCAUACUAAUUUCCACAGUAAUCCACCCGUCCCUCUGACUCCCACCCAGAUGUCAUCUCUUGCUUUCCUUUGCACUGCCAUUCUUCUCUAGCUUCUCUCUGUAUGCUCUUACAAUCUUCUUUUCUUUAAAGAAAUACCAAUGCUGCUGGCUAGUUCUUAAUUUUGAAGCCUGAACGUCUGCUCUUCUGUUUAGCUAAAUGGGUCUUUGUUAGUCUCUCCACUAAGGCCAACUAUGCUUGGAAUUUGAGAGUUUAGCUUCUCAUUUCAUUGUAUUGUGGCUUUUGAUGUUCGAAGGAAAUGGCUUUGAAUGUAAAAUUGGGUUUUUUGUGCCUUUUUCUCAAAUGGGUUUCUGAUAAUUCGUGGGAUGAGCCUAUUUGGAUUUUGAUACACAAUUUCAAAGCUUCGAGUCAUUAUUUUUAUCCUCGUUGAUGAAUGGGUUUUUCCCAGCUAAGUGAACAUGAAUAGGUAACAUUAGAGAGAGAGAGUCAGUCUCUUAACGAUUCUUACCAUUUGAAAGGGUGGUUCGGAUUCCACUUUGGGGAGAGCUUCGGUGGUGAAAAUGAGGAGGACGAAGAAGAUAAACAAGGAUGAGAUUGCUGAGGAUUGGUGUUUCAUUUGCAAAGAUGGAGGUCUAUUGCUGUUUUGUGACUACAAGGAUUGCCUCAAAGCAUAUCAUCCCUGGUGUGUAGAAAAAGAUGAUUCAUUCUUGGAGAGUGAUGUUCCUUGGAUCUGCAAGUGGCAUUUUUGCUUCAUUUGCAAGAAAACCCCAAAAUUCCAUUGCUUUUGUUGUGCAAACGCUGUAUGUGGACGCUGCGUAGGUGUUGCUGAGUUUGCAGUCAUUACAAGAAAAAGAGGACUCUGCAAUCAUUGCUUAACACUCGCAGGGUUGGUUGAAGGAAUAAAGAAUCCAGACUUUGAUGAGGGGAAGAUAGACUUCAAUGAUCGAGGCACAUAUGAGUUCAUGUUCAAAGUUUAUUGGGAAAUGAUUAAAUCAAAAGAAGGUUUAACUUCCAAUCAUGUCCAUAAACUGUUGAAUAAGGGUAUAGACACCGAAUACUUGGACAUAAAUGAUAUUUCUGAAGGUGAAGAAAGUAUUAGUGAAUUCGAGGGUGAAAAUGAACUUAUAUCUGAUAAUGAUGAUUUAAACAAAAGGAAAAAGCGUAAAGGAACGCAAAAAAGGAAAAGCAAAAAAUGGAAACAAUCUGUGAUUAAUAAGAAUGUUAAGUCAAAGAAAAGGGAGUUCAGUGGAUGGGGAUCAAAACUCCUCUUUGACUUCCUUGCCUCCAUUGGUAAAGACACAAAGCAAGAAUUAUCGCAAUAUGAUGUUGCUGCUAUCAUUACAAGGUACUGCAAUGAACACAAGCUUUUUCAUCCAGAGAAAAAGAAGAAAGUUAUUUGUGAUGAAUGGUUGAAAUCUCUUCUAGGAAGGAAAUCAGUUAAUAAGAAUAGCAUACAUAACCUUCUGACGCCCCAUUUUGCUGAGAAUUUUGAGCAAUCAGAGGAUGACUUUGGAUAUAGUUCAGAAGGCAAGGGUUGGAAUGUCUCUAUGGCCUGUAAAAGGCAGCGAAACUCAAGCCCCGAUAGAAAUCCUCAGAAUAAAGAAGCCAUUCCAGAUGUCCAAAGAAGCUGUUUUGCAUCUGUCAUUCCUGAAAAUAUAAACCUUAUAUACUUGAGGAGGAGUUUGGUGGAGGAGCUGUCAAAGCAACCUGAGACUUUUGAUGAUAAAGUAAUGGGAAGUUUCGUGAGGAUUAAAUGCGAUCCGUAUGACUAUUCACAGAAAAAUUCUCAUCAGCUUCUCAAAGUGAAGGGCAUAAAAAGAAGUUCAAGAAGUGGCGAAGUGAAUACAGAUAUUCUCCUACAAGUUUUUAAUAUGCCAAAAGAUAUUCCCAUUUGCAAGUUAUCAGAUGAUAAUUUCUCCAAGGAAGAAUGUGAGGAUUUGCAACAAAGGGUGAGCGAGGGUCAGCUAGAGAGGCCCACUGUUGUGGAAUUCAAGGAAAAGGCCAAAAGUCUCCACGAGGUUAUAACAAAACAUUGGAUUCUGAAGGAGAUUACUCCAUUGCAAAACCUUAUUGAUCAUGCAAAUGAGAAGGGAUGGAGAAGAGAAUAUCCUUUGAUGUUGUAGUUUCACACGAAAUGGAAUUAGUAACCUAUGUUGAGAGCAUUUGAAUAUGUUCAUAAUGCAUGCCUGUGCACAUGAUAAGAAUUGGGGAAGCAUCUCCAAGCAGCUCAAACUCUUUUGUCACUACCCUGAUCUACAAGUUACUAUAUCUAGAGCUUAUUGAGACAAAUUUAUCAUAAAAAAAUUCACUAGACCAGGAAAACCCAAUACUGUUAAUAGAAAAGAUGUCACUGUUUUUUUAUCAACUGGUUGGUCUUAUUUAAUGUUUGGGCACAAAUUUGUCUCAUUUAUGUGUAAUAACAUCCCUUCAAACUAUCCUUUUAAUCAAA